AGAUUAGCACAAAAUAACCUAACUUCCCGGUUAGAGGAAUGAAAUUAUUUUUAGUUUAUAAGAAAAAAUGGAAUUGGAAUUACUUCAAAGUUCCGAAACAAAAAAGCCUACAAAACUGUCAUCUACAGGAAAAGCUUUAAUUUACGUCACUGGCGGUCUAGCGGUCGGAGUGAGUGUUAUUUGUGUACCUUUUGUGGUACCAGCACUCAGGAAAAUAUGUUUACCAUACGUUCCUGCAACCACUGAACAACUUCUGGGAGUUAGUAAAGCAUUAGCAGGUCGUAGUGGAAGACUAUUAGACGUCGGUUCAGGAGAUGGGAGGAUCGUGUUUACUGCAGCCAAACUAGGGUUUCAAGCCGAUGGAGUAGAACUAAACCCAUGGCUGGUGUACUAUUCACGGAUUGCAGCUUUAAUGAACCCCGCGUAUAGAGGCAGCAAGUUCUACAGGCGUGACUUGUGGAAGUUUGACCUGAAGCCAUACAAUAACAUAGUGAUAUUUGGUGUGGAACAAAUGAUGAAUGACUUUGAGAAGAAGUUAAUAACAGAGACCAACAAGGGCACUGUAGUGGUGGCUUGCAGGUUCCCUUUACCAAAUAUGGUACCUGUAGAAACAAUAGGUAGUGGUGUGGACACUGUCUGGAAGUAUGUUGUGAAGAGAUAACAACAAAUUAUAAACUUAAGCUUUAAUGAUUAGUUUAGUUAUAUACACUGUAGUUUUAUAAAUAAAUUAUUAAUAUCUAGAAGCG